AUGUCCCUUCGCGACGUCAUUGAAGAUUUGAUCAACCCAGGCUCCUCGCGCAAACUUUGUCUUGUGACUCAUAUCGUUUUGGAACCAGUCGAUGCCCUCUGGAAGGCCAAGGCCAAGAAAGGUUUUGAUCCGAACUGUACCGAUACCAUCAAAUUGAAAAGUGAACUUCAGACGGGCCAAGGGAAGGUUAUGAAAGGCUUCUGGGUGGAUCUGGUGCUGGGAAGACAGAAAGAGUUGAGAGGUGCUGGAAUAGUGGGCCUGAUUAUCCACAAGAUCAUGUUGGCCAAGUCCAUCAUGGUGGUAGGAUUCUGUUGGGAAAUUUCUUCAAAUCUUCUGGAAAUUCAUGUUCUGAGAGAGUUGAGGAAAGGAAUAGCUGGAGCAAGAGCUGAGGUCUGGAGAAGAAGAUUUGAGACUGGAGUUGGCCAUAUUGAGUCUGCUUUGUGGGCUCUGAGUUCCUCUGGAGAAAGUUCCACCAGCUGGCCAAAGGAGGAGAAUAACUGGACUGAAUUCCUGGAAUAUUGGUCCACCACCUGUUUGAUUGGCCUGCUAGUGUCCCAUGGAAUUGUAGUGCUGUCUGGAAGCUUGAAUAAUUUUCCAUCUCUGGUUACUGCCCCAAUGGAUUCAUCAUAG